GAUCAGGGAGAUGAAGAGCGAAGAGACGAGGCGAAAGAGAUGACUGGAGAGAUGGAGACGGAGAUGUAUGGAAUGGAGAGAUGGAGAGAUGGAGAAGUAUGGAGUAGCCAGGAGGCUUGCUGUCGAAGUGGCGAGUGUCCUUUGCGAAAUGAGCUCUCGUCUUGUCUCUCGUCUUGUCUUCUUGACCAGACUUCUUGUCUUCUCUUACUCCGUAUUCUCUGUCUGUCUGCCAGUAUCUGCCAGUAUCUGUCAUGCCGAGGACGACUGCAGUACCACCGACCAGUUCAUUAGCCGACGACUAACUUCUACCAAGUUAACUUCCACUGGUACGGGGAAAUCAACCCUUGUUGUUAUUAUAAUAAGUAAUAGUAGGCAUUAAAGUAAUAUUAGGUAUGGAUGUAACUGUCACUUCGGUAGCAGCGGCCGACCGGAAGGCCGCCCCGGGUGAUCUCGAGCCUUAGGGCUUGCUUGGUCUGUCGUCUGUCUGUCUGUCUAUCGCUUUUAUCGCCAUCGCCGUCAUCUCCCGACUUCCGUCCUCCCGGCCUUGGCCAUCAAGGUAGACAAGACCAUCCCGUCUAAUUACAACACAGCCCAAGCCCAAGCCCAAGAGACAAGACUACGGAGAACCAGGCACCGGCCAUGCUAGUUGACGCGGUGGAAGACAUGAUGCAGUUGCGCUGACGAGAGCCUAGUGAGAGAUGUCCGUGCCUGAUGCAUGUGUCAGGGAGUGGCGUGGCUGGGGAAGAAAGCGACUUUUCUUUUCUUCCCCGGAUCAUCUCAGCGUAGAUGUAGAUAAGAGAAUAAGAGAGUAAGAGAGAGAAAGAGAGAGAGAGAGAGAGAGAGAGAGAGAGAGAGAGAG